GGGCAAGGAGGCGUUAUUCAAGCCUAUAUAUACACAGCUCCUUGCAGCGGACGCACCAAGAAACGCGUCAAUUCAAUCAAUCAAUCAAAUCAAAUCAAAGAAGAAGAGAAAGGAGAAAAAAGAGAAGUGCCUCUUGUCAUCAAACCCCCAAUAAACCGGAGAUGGAGGGGGAGCUCACGAAGAAGAUGGAGAGGAAACUCAGGAAGAAGCAGAAGAAUCUAUUGAAGAAGAUGGGGAAAGAGAAGCCCCAAUCCCUGGUAAAGGAAAUCAUCUCCGUGGAGAGGGAGCGCAGAGACUUGCAUGCCUCACUUACUCCCACGUUCUCUGUCUGGAAAGAAAUCGAUUCUCAAACAACGUGGACAAUCGCCACAAAGGAGCCUGCUACUGCUACUGCUACUACCAGGGACGAUGAUGAGAAUCAACUUGCCGAGUACUUCAACUUGAUGCUCCAAGAUAUGGAGGACCUGGGCCAUCGGAUGCUUUCUAUGCUAUAUUUUCUCAACAAAUCCAAUGACCCCAUCUGCUCCUACAAGGCCACCGAGCUGUGCAAUACAGCAGCCAAAUUAAAUAUGCAGAUAUCCAAGGGAUUCAGCAUCAACCAUGAGCCGGAGCAGGAGCAGGAGCCGGAGCCGGGGCCGAUCAACUUGUCGACUCUUUUCAGCAAAUAUUAUCGAUUUCCCAAUAAUUAUGAGAACACCUUGGCCAAGUUAGACAUGAGGGAGGAGGAGACCAAGUGUGAGGAUGUUAAGGUGAAGAAGACCAAGGAAGAGGAGGACAAGGAGAAUGACCCAUCCACAAUCGAGUAUUUCAAGAAAAGUCUGGAGCUUGAUCAAUACUUUUUCGCCGUGGAUCGGAGAUACUGGGAAAAUGGGUGGGCCAGCAAGUUUGGACGGUGCGGUGGAUUCUCAAAUACAACCAUCCUGAGCCCUAUGCAGUUUACGCACUAUACACCUGAUAUCAUCCCUUCCUCAGCUGCUGUCACCGGUAGUACUUUGCAAAUCUACUCAAUCAAGAUAAAGAAUCUAAAAGACUUGAACUGGCCCCUCAAAGUCUACGGCAAGAUUGCUGCUCGAGACACUGUGGACCGCAACCGCAACAUUCUAUUCUCUCGGUCAAAGUGUGAUUACCAAGAACUUAAUGGACAAGAUGAUUCCUUAUGCUUGACUGGCCCCUCUCGUGCGAUAGUUGCUUUGGGCCAUGUAGACUUUGAAGUUGAACUCAAAGUAAUCGAGGGAGCGGUGUCGCAAAGUUUGAUCAUUUGUAGAGGCCGUUACGGCGGUACAGAUGAUUGUUCCUCUUCUUCGGCCAGCGUGACUUAUGGUGGUGAUGGACCUACCUUCUUGCUCUCCAACCAUCGCUGCACAACGGAGGUAACACUUGAGCAGCUUGAUAGAUCGCACCAAGCUACUAUUGUGGGUGUACGAGUAACCAAAGGGGCUUGGCCUUUCAAAUAUGGAUGCCGGGUUAUUUGCUUUUGGGCUCCUGCUUCUACGGCAGAUGUCAUUGAUACCACUUGCAGGCCAGUUGUGCUGCUUGACCGCCGUGGUAAAGGAUUACAUAGAGGAUCAGAGAACUACCUUCAACUAUCAAGGAAAGUGGUUUCAGUGCAAUCACAAGGAACGCUGAGAGUGACAAUAGAAGCCUAUGGGAAGUCCCGUCGCUGGAUUGCUCGAAAGGGCCACAUCGACUUUCCUGUUCAGCAGUGCCAAACAAGCAAGCGUGCUUGUUUAGUUGGUGACACCACAGUUGAGGUGGUUGUAGCCUGGUCGUUGCUUGUCAAGGAAAAGGUGGAUCUCCAGGUCUUGCUUAGUUGA